CAGGAGAAGCGUGAGGCUGCCAAGACCCAGGCCAUGCGUGACAACAACGCUGAUCCUUACGACAUCAAGCAGCAGGUGAAUGUGCUCUCGGAGUCGCAGAUGAUGAUUCCUGAUUGCCGACGGCGUUUGGAGUCCGCCCUGGACGCACUUCGAGAUGCUGUGGCUGAAGCAGAGGACGACGAGGUUUGCAAAGGGGGUGAGGAAUUGUCAGCUGCGCAGGCACUGAUAGCGGAGGUUGAGCCAAUGUUUAAGUGCGAGUGAUGUUGGGUUCAAUUUUGAAAGCUUCUGGUUCUAUAUGGUCUUGAAGAAGCUCCGUGAGAUUUCAUAGGGCAUAGUCUGUAAAAACAAUAACAAUGUAUACGACUGACUGGAAGUGUUCUACAAUCUUUCGAACAGUUUCAUGAGCCUACCUUUUGUACAUCACCAAUAUAUAAGUUGGUCGUCGAAGUAUUUGAUAUUCAGACGUUAUUAAUUCUGUAAACUUCGCUUCAAGCAGCAAUUUUCAAACCCUCUGAACUCUGUUACGUUUCAUUUGGAAAA